AUGGAUGAAGCUACCAGUGCAGGCAUUUCAGAACCAUUAGAUUUGGUCAAACUCUCUUUGGGAGAACGAGUAUUCAUCAAACUCAGAGGAGAUAGGACGAUUACUGGAGUGCUUCAUGCUUAUGACGCACAUAUGAACGUGGUCUUAUCGCAAGUCGAAGAAUCGAUACAUCUUGUCGAUGUAACAGAUCAAGGAGAACCACUACCACCUAGAGUCGAAAGGCGUAAUGUAGAGAUGUUGUUUGUGAGAGGAGAUGGUGUAAUUCUUAUAUCUCCAACACAACAAUAA